CGCACCUCGGUAGAGGCGUUCAGAGAUCCGCCGUAAUGGUUCUGGUUGCUCUGCUAUAUGGGAAGGACCGAAGGCACCUGACCCGGUUGCGGACAUUAGGACUGGAUACAUACUCACUCACCGACGUGUCAAUCGCUUUCAAUCGAACGCAUGUAACCAAGUACAUCGUAAAGAUCUGCCCGGUUCACCGUCUCCACCAUCGCAGGCACUUCAGUUUUCUGUACGGCCUGCACCCGAUCAACUUCGUCAAUUUCAUUCGAGAGUCGGCUAAGUUCUUGGAGUUAUAUGGAUUCAUUGGGAAUGCGAAUAAGCGACCACAGGCAGUGAUGGACGCGGAGAGUCAGUGGCGACCCCGCAGGCUCGAAGCCUACAUGCCGCAUGAUUGUGUAGCUAUCCUGAUAUACAGAUAUCCUACGAGGAGUAGACAACUAUCCGGGUAUCUCCCCAAUCGGGUCUCUCCAUACGAUACUGGAUAUUCUACACAACCUGAGAGCGUCUCUACUGGCGCGAAUUCGGCACGAGUACAUAUGUACCUACGAGAUUCACUUCCUGGAACCCCGUCCAAAUCUUGAUUUCUUUGACAUAUCAUUCUGUGUAUAGCGAUUCCAUUCUGAGGCGUCACGGAACUGCCUACGCGACCAUUAAACCCAAUUACUCUACUUCAACGCAGUAAUCGCAACGAUCCUAUGGCAAUGACAUAGUGGAGAGGGAAACAAAAUGGAAUACCGCCCGUUACGAUUAUCGCUGUACGAAGGAAAACAGCUUCAAGCCGCUCAAUCUUCCCUGAUGUGGUCGAGCGGAUCAAUAGUAAUAUGUAGACG